AUGUCUAACACUCUUUCUUCUUCGACGAGGUCGACGGUCCGCAGAGCUGCACGUCGAGAUCGUCAAGCCAGACAACGGGCUCGCCGCCUCAAGCCAAAUGUGCCACUGUUGAAGACACCCCGUCGACGUGGCCCAAAAAGAAGAAAGCUCCGUGAACAGGACUCGCUGGAUCUUGACAGCUGCUCUUAUGCCUGUGAGGACCGCGGAUACCACCUCGAUGCCGACGUUCGUAUCGGUCUUGAAACCAAUCAAUAUGCGAUCCCUUACUGGGUUUCUGGAUACGACAUUACCGAUCCAACAGUAGCCGUCGAAGAGCCACGUCCACCCGAAUCCUCUGCCGUUGGCACGUCUGAAAAUGUUUCACCCGCAAUACUUCCUGAGACAAAGAUCGGGAGGGUUGUCUUCAAGAGAAAGGACACGCAAAGCUCUACUCAAUCGGAACUCCUUACUGGUCCUGCCUCACCUUCGCUGCCUUCCAUUCCCACUACGGCAAAUGCCACCCCCAAAGUCCGAAUUCCAUUCUGCGAUUGGCAGUCUUCGAUGAACGGACGAGCGCCAGAGUACCACCCAGACUACCUUAAUGAUGUCCGGAUUCCAAGCCCACUGCUGUAUCACAAUUCACCCUUCGAUUACGUUCGGCCCUCGAACGAGCGUCAGUUAACCUGGAGUUUCGAACUCGCCUGUGGACAGCCAAAGCCAGAACCAGACUUUAGCAGCUACCGCCCCGUCGAGAAUCGUGCCACUCAGGAUGAACGCACACAUGUCCAACGCCACGGAAGCUUGGGCUUUGCCAUUUGCACGGCUGCAUCAUCGAGGCACAAAGCGGAAGCCAGCCACAUCUCGGAUGAAAGUCAUGAUUCGUCAACUCAUGGCGUUGCCCCUUUACCAGAGGAUUGCCUUGAGUCCCGAGAAUGUGCGUGGCGCAAUCAAGAUUAUUCACGCACUGCAGAUGUCAACAGCAACCAGACCGUUGCUCCCAUUGAUCUUGGGCCUCAAUGGUAUGAUUAUUCGUUCAUGCGAACGAACUCGCACGGUCAAGAGACGGGUAUCCCUGGCGAAGUCGGGUGUACCGGAGACGAUUUGAUCUUUCCUACACUGCCGACCCUGGUCCGCCUUGAACCCACGUUAGCAGCCUAUUGCAGCACCAACAAUACUGUUCAGCCUGAUGGAAACCAAGCCGCCAACAGCUGGGAGCGAGCAGGAGGAGCUUUGCCGUCCUUUCCAGCUCUUACUGACAAUGCUCAAGUCCCAUCUGUUUCGGACACGGUGGAGGCAGCGAUCCGUGCAGUCCGCAGGGGCUGUGAAAUGCAUUCACGUCAGUUAUCUCCAGAUCGCAAGGAUGACGAAGUCAUAUCCGACGAAGCCCAGCCUAGCCCAGCAGUCAAGGCCAUACGUCAACCGUGCAUGGAUCUUGUUCCAGCACGACUGUACAAGUACCAAUUUAUUACAUGGCCUGCAUCAACCUCAGCCGUCGAUGCCAGACAGAGAUGCGACGGCGACAUGUCUGGUGUGCUCAGAAUGGUAAACUGGCUGGAAGGAUUGAACACGCCAGACCCAGAUGUCAGUGUUCAGUCGGGUCUACCAGGUCUUGCGCCGCGACCGUGUGAGACCAAUUCCGAUUAUCGCAAAGCUAUUUCGACCUCUGAAGCUACUCUAAGUCCGGCCCCCUUUGUUCACCCUCAACACCACGGAGCGCUAUCAGUGGAUGAACCAGGUUCAGGCCGACACGACGAAGGAUACUUCACCUGCAGCGAACUCUUCUCUGAGGUCGACUUGCUGGAAGACCCUUUAAGUGAUGAGGAGUGGGCCCAUUGGGAUUGGGAUUUUGAGCCGGAUGAUGUGGAUGAAAGGAUUGGACUGUUUGCCACUGAGUGGGAGGCUGCAAUUAAGGAAGCCGUGGAAUAA